UGUUUACUUGAACCCGUCUCGGUGACGCUGUGCGUUCUUCCGGUUUGUGACAACGUGGGUGACGUCCGUGUCUCCGCGACCCGAGUAAAGGAGCGAAUGAACACGUUUCUUUAUCUGUUGCGAUGUCCAACGUGAGCUGCUCCGCGCGAGCGGACGUGCCGAGUCCCGUGCCGGUCCCACCGGAGUCCGCGAGCUCGCCCGUCUCCAUGGCGACCGGCCUGGAGCGACUCCUCCGACUCGUGCGGUACGAAAACCUGGCGGCGGGACUUAGCGGAGGGGUGGUGUCCACCAUGGUGCUGCAUCCCCUGGACCUGGUCAAGACCCGACUGGCGGUGAGCGAUGGCCUGGACGUGAGACCCAGGUACAACGGAAUGAUCCACUGCAUGAGGAGCGUCUGGCGACACGAGGGCCUGCGGGGGCUCUACCGGGGCGUGACCCCCAACGUGUGGGGGGCCGGGGCAUCCUGGGGACUCUACUUCUUCUUCUACAAUGCAAUUAAAGCCCACGCGCAGGAAGGCCGUGAGUCCGAGCUCAGCGCUUCGGAGCAUCUGGUGUCUGCAGCGCAAGCAGGGGCAAUGACGCUGUGCUUAACCAACCCGAUCUGGGUAACCAAAACCCGCCUGGUCUUGCAGUACAACAAUGAAACGUCCAAGAAGCAGUACAAAGGAAUGCUGGAUGCUCUGGUGAAAAUAUACCGUCAUGAGGGCAUACCGGGAUUGUAUAAGGGCUUUGUGCCUGGUCUCUUUGGCACAUCCCAUGGUGCAUUGCAGUUCAUGGUGUAUGAGCAGCUGAAGAGAGAUUACAAUAAGUACAGAAAGAAGCCUUCGGAAGCAAAACUGAAUGCCUUCGAGUACAUCAGCAUGGCAGCCUUUUCGAAAAUCUUCGCGGUGGCGUCGACGUACCCGUACCAGGUGGUCCGGGCCCGACUGCAGGACCAGCACAACAAAUACGACGGAGUCAUCGAUGUGAUCGGGAGGACGUGGAGGAACGAGGGUCUGAUCGGGUUCUACAAAGGAAUCGUCCCCAACCUGCUCAGAGUGACCCCUGCGUGCUGCAUCACGUUCGUGGUCUACGAGAACGUGUCCCGCUUCCUCCUGGGCCGACGCCACUGAGGGCGCCUGGGAACGGCGGCGCACCCGGCCCGCGGAGCCGGACCCGCACCGUGUACCGCGUUUACCUGAGCCAGGAGUAACGGCGAUAACCUAAGCGUAGAGUGACAUUAAAUUUUAGUAAGUGACAGUCCCAUCUCCUUCCCCUCCGGCACCAGCGGCGGAGGGAAAAACUGCUUUUGCGCUUAUGAAUGUCUGACGAAGCACCAGAAUCCCAGCGCGCAGACGUGGAACUGAGCUAAAUUCCUCGCGUCUGGCUGGAUUGCCCUCAGAGCACGUAUAAUCGGAACCGUGCAGGAUGCAGACGAGGACACGAAAGCGGCGGAACGGAGCCAGAACCCUGCGACCGUAGCCAGCCGCUGCGUUUUAAUGAACAGUGUAAUCAGAACUUAUUUUUAGGUCUGUUUGGGUGUUCAAAGGAAAUGUGGAUCCUUACCAGAGUAUAACGUUUAGCGGUUUUACCAUCUAUGAGUAUUGAUUCCGGCUUUGGCGGGGGAUGUGACAUCAUUAGCUGGAGCUGGCGACUGGCGGUGCGGGAUGUUCUUCGUCACUUUAAUUUAUUGACUUUAUAUACUAUGCGCAGGGCUGAGUGCGUGUUUACAGCUUUUAUUUUUAUGCAGCUGUGUGCAUGGUUCGAACAUCUUUAAAAGGUUUUGGGGCGCGAUUGGAAAAAAUAAUUAUAAAUUAAAAACUUGUUUUCUGGGUCUUUUCAAAUGUCUGAAGAUCUGAACGCUGAAUCUGAUCUAAUGUAAACCAUUGUAUGGCUAUAAUGAAGAGGUAAUAAAUUUAUGUGGGAGACAUUUCUGGAGAAGUCGCAGGGGUUUGGAAAGUUAUGCUUGUUUUUAACCCCUUUACAUUUUAAAUCUAAUGUUGGAAACAUUUUUUUUUUUUCUGAUUAUUUAUAUAUUGUUUCUGUAAGCCAAAUAAUCUGGCCAACACCACAUAUUCCAGUGAAAAUUUCUGAUCUCGUAAAAGCCAUAAAUGUGACCAGUUUCUUGCUACUUCUAGAUUGAAAGUACAUUUAUUUUACACUGCUUCUGUGUUUUUAAUGUUCAGCAACAUUUUUCUAGCACUGUUACACAAUGUAAAUGUUAUAAAACAUAAGGAAACUGCCAAAAUAAUGUUCGGUGUGUAUGUUACGCAUUAAAGUGAUUGUCGCAGGAUGGAAUGAAUACAG